GCACCGACUCGUCUAGUGGAACUUCGCCCUUGGAUAACACGAGAGGAAGGCGGAUGGGGACGCUGACAGGUCCAGGCUAUAUCUGGGCUCUUCUGUCUGUGGCGGCGGCGCUUUUGGCAUGUUCUGGUUUUUACUUACCAUUUUGGAUACAGGGCCGUAUUCUAGGGAGGGUGGAUGCAUACUUUAACAGCUUCCGUCGCUGCAACUACCCCCGUCUCGGGCCUCAGGGGAUCGUUGAGAUCGUGACGCAGUGCGCUAGAUACUCCAGGUGGAGAGAUAUCCCCAGUGGUUGGUGGCAAGCCUCUACAGUCCUCGUAGGGGUGGGCUCCGCCCUCGCCCUCAUGUUAGGGGUCGUCGCCUUGUCAGCGUGUUUCGUGGAAUACAUAGUACACGCCGCCACUGCUCGACUGGCUGGUGGACUUCAACUUAUAGCAGGUAUACUCUUGAGUGGUGGACUGCUCGUCUAUCCUCUAGGCUGGGACAACAGAGAAGUAAUGGACUGUUGUGGACCCUUCUCACAAAUGUACAGCUUAGGGAACUGCAAGCUGUCCUGGUCACUGUAUCUCCUAGUGCUCGCCGUUCUUCUCUUGUUCGCCUGCUUCGCCAUGAGUCCAUUUAUCUCCAAGGUCAACUACUGCUGUUAUCCAAGGUCGUGACACUGACUGUUGGUGGACCCUCCCUCCAAGAGGUACCUGGAGACUUCCACACAGCUUUAGUGGACGUCUAUGACA